AUGGCGGCACCUGGCAGCAGUGGCCUGAUGCAGCUCCUAACAAUUUCAAGUGAGAAAAUCAACAGCACCAAAAAGGUUCAACUCUGGUAUAGAGCUGGUCAGAUCAGUAAGUUCUCUGAAAUGGGUUAUUUGCAUCACAAGAACAUAGAGGGAUGUUAUGAGGAUGAAAUUACAUCGUGCACUUCAAAGGGCCGUUUAACUGGCUUCAUUCGUAAAGAGGUGAACUCAUCAAAUCAGGUUGAAGCCGGCCCUACAUUCAAUCACAGGGUCCGAAUUCCCUCCUCGGCUCUUCGGAGAAGCAGAAGAUCAGGGUCACAGAAUGAUGUCGUGCUGGUUGCCUCUGUGAUCAGCAGCAGUUUCUUUCAGCAAAAACCUCGGAGCAGAGGAAGGGGCCUGAUUCCCCAGCAGCCUGUCAGCAUGCAGGAAACAGUUUUAGGGGAGCUUGUCCUGUUUUUGAAGGCUGGAACUCAGCCAGUCAGCAACCUUACAGAACCUGUCCAGUUAUUCUUCAAACACGACAUAGGGGAGAAAAGUGGGAGGUGUGUGUUUUGGAAGGAGUCAGAUCAUAUGGAUGAAGCAGGGAAAUGGAGUACUGAGGGGUGUGAAACCACCAAAACUGAUGAGGAGUUUAUUUGCAGUUGUAACCAUCUCAGCUUUUUUGCGGUGCUCGUGAAUCCAAACUUAAAGGUGGAUGAAAGCAGCGCCAAGACCCUCAGUUACAUCACCUACGUCGGCUCAGCGCUCUCUGCCUUCUUUGCAUUCGGCAGCCUGUUCAUCUAUGUUCAUCUGCAUCGGCGGAGGCCCGAGAAGGCCCUCGGCAUCCACAUGCAGCUGACUGGGGCAUUGCUUUGCCUCCACCUCGGCUUCCUGAGUUCAAGUUUCUGGAUUUAUCUGCUUAAAGAGGAUCAGGGCGGCUGGGUUUGUCGAGGUCUGGGUUUCUUCUUGCACUGGUCUCUGCUGGCUACGUUUACCUGGAUUGCCCUGGAAGGAUUCCACCUUUAUCUCCUCCUCAUUAGAGUCUUUAACAUCUAUGUCAGUAGAUACCUGCUAAAGCUCUCCAUAGUGGGAUGGGGCUUUCCUACACUUGUUGCAGUGAUUUGUGGGAGUUUAGGUGUUUAUGGCAGAUACACUCUGGAAAUAAGGGAUUCCAAUAACAACACAUCACCAUCACAAAUAUGCUGGAUGAGCAGCGAGUUCCAACAGAGACAUGUAGUCUCGUACAUCACUCUGGCUUUUCUUUGCCUGACUGUGCUGUAUAAUACCUGCAUGCUGCUGGUGGUGGUGCUUAAAGUUUGGAAGAUAAGAGGUGGACAAAAGGACUAUGAAUGCAGCGACUGGAAGAAGACGAACAGCAACAAAUGGUCCAGGUUAUGGAAGGAUGGUACCACAGUUCUGGGCCUUAGCUGGGUCCUUGGGUUACCAUGGGGAUUGGCCAGCCUCACUUAUGCUACUUUAUCUGGAAUCUACAUUUUCACCAUCUUUAACUCUCUGCAAGGUGUGUUUAUGUUCCUGUGGGCUGUGGCUUUGUCGUGCAAGUCUCGAUCGGAAAUGAACUCCUCAGUCCGAGAUCCUUCCACUCAGAAAAUUAUGACAACCAGCUUCAACUGAUAUUUUCUGCUAAUGCAAACACAGUAUUAUGCCUAUGUUAGGUGUUGUCUCCCUGACUAUUUUCUGUGCCUUAGAGUAUAACCAACAAUGUUUUUUUUUUGUCAUUGUUAUUUUAUAUGAUAUUUCUAUAUGUAAAAUAUAGUGCUCUAAAAAUUUCUUUGGCAUGUAUUUAUUGUUUUAUUUCUUAUAGAAUAAUAAGCUAAUACCAUUUUUUUUCUUUACUGGAUAUACAAGUGGGGCAAAAAAAGUAUUUCACUUGAAAUCCUUUAACUGUACUUCUGGGGAGUCUGUUUGAUAAAUUUUAUGUAUUUUUUACUAUUUCUUUUUUGUGUGUAAUGUAAUAAACCUUUAAAGCUGUUAGAAAUAUUUUAUUUAUACUCCGUUUGUGUUUUGUUCUAAUAGUUGGGUUGUGUUCUAAUGAACUAUUAUGAUGUAUAAUGUGUGAUUCAUCUCUUAUUAACUCUUGCUUAAGAUUGUUCCAGAUAAAUGUCAUGCAACGGAUGGGUUGUGAAAGAGGCCUGAACAUCCUCAAUCAAAUGUUUCUUCUAAACAUGUGUUCUUGGAACAAUUCAAUUGUAAAACAACCACAUGCUUUGUUUUAACAUAUGUGCUGAGGUUUAAAGUAAGAUCAUUUUGUUUCCCUUUCCCUUUAGUUAAA